CUCCCUCACCGCCUCCACCGCUGGCCUCCGGCCGCCAGGGGGCGCUGCUGGCGCCCGCUCCCCUCGCGAGCUCUCGCGCGAACCCCGCGGCCUCUUUCCGGAAGCGGAAGCGCCUCCUUCUCUUUCCGGCCGAGCGGCGCGGCGGCAGCAGCGGGCCAAAAUGAAGUUCAAUCCAUUUGUGACCUCAGACCGCAGCAAGAACCGCAAACGGCACUUCAAUGCACCUUCUCACAUCCGAAGAAAAAUAAUGUCCUCCCCGCUCUCCAAGGAGUUGCGGCAGAAAUACAACGUCCGCUCGAUGCCCAUCAGAAAGGACGAUGAAGUCCAGGUUGUCCGGGGGCAUUACAAAGGGCAGCAGAUCGGCAAGGUGGUCCAGGUGUACAGGAAGAAAUACGUCAUCUACAUCGAACGUGUGCAGCGUGAGAAGGCCAAUGGCACGACUGUGCACGUGGGAAUCCAUCCUAGCAAGGUGGUGAUCACAAGGCUAAAGCUGGACAAAGAUCGCAAGAAGAUCUUGGAGCGUAAAGCAAAAUCUCGCCAGGUUGGCAAGGAGAAAGGCAAAUACAAGGAAGAAACAAUCGAAAAGAUGCAAGAGUAGAUUGUUUUCUAUUUGACACCAUUAAAGAACUGCUAAAACUAAA